GAUUAGAUAAAUCGAAUAAAUUUUCAGGAAGAACUGUAAUGGAAGCGCAGCUGCAGAAGAUUAUGAAGAGGAAACGAAGAAGCAUCACGAAGAAGAAGAAGAAGAGAAACACAAUCCACCGCGAUAACAUUUUUCCUUUACUUUUGGCAGCCGUUUGUUCGAAAUCAGAUGUAGCAAUUCCCCUCAUCGAAAAAUGCUUGAACGAUCUGUUUCUGAACCUUCCCCAUCUCCAAUUGUCGCCAAUCCUCUCCUUGCUUCCAUCACUUCUCAGAUUCAAUUAUGCCGAAAUUGCGUGCAAGAGUGCGGAGAUUGUAGGUGCUGCGUCUCUAUCGUCGUUGGAGAUGAAUGAAAUGAUUGCCGAGGAAGAUGAAACAGUGAAGGGUUUAAUCUCAUUGCUAACAAGUCCCAAAAGGGAGAUUUCAAUGGCAGCUUGCAAUGCUGUAUUGGACUUAGCCACCACAUCUGUUGGACGGCAGCAGCUGCUUGAAUUCGCCGCAAUCGAGAAUAUUAUUCUUUGCUUCGUAAAGGAAUCAGAAUCUCCAGCUGCAAAAGUUUGUCUCCUUACUGACAUGACGUUGUUGGAAGAAGAUGAGUAUCCGAUAUUGCUUCUCCAGUGUGCCAUUUCUCUAAUAAACUACUGCACGGUUGAGCAGCUGCAGCAUAUACCAACGGAACUUUCUGGAAAAUUUUCGUUGCUCUUAAAAAGACUGUGGGGGCAAGCAUAUAGAAGGAAGUUAUGCAGCUCCUCUUCAAGAUUCGAUCAGAAAAACGAGUUCUGCAUAAGUAACAUCAGAACAAAUAAUUUGGUCGAAUGUAUAUUCAGGUUAUCUAUUAAUGGUGGUCUGCACCAACAAACCCUAGAUUCCGAACAUGUUAAGAGAAGCAUUUUUGACUCAGGGGAAGUUGAUAUCGAACGAUUUUUAUUGCAUAUUUGGGAGACAUCUCCCAUGCUUAUAAGGAAUCCACCCAAGGCUUCAUUAAAGCAUGACGGUAUCUUCGGACCUUUCAUUCAGUAUCUUGGUUCGAAAGAGGCAGUACCUUCCUUUCUUACUUCCAUAUUAAAAAACACUAUUUCUUGCCCAUCCAUUUCCUCAGACGAAAUAGAUAUUUCUCAUGUCAUAAACGAGAUAAAGAAUCAUAUUGGUCACCCUAUAAUCUACCAUCAGGAUAUUCGGGUCGUGAAAACACGGGGCAUAGAAAGAGAGUUGCACUAUUUUCAGGAGCAAUGCGAUCUCAGCAUUGACGAAAUCUUGAAAUGCGAAGAAGCAUUUAACGAGGGCUACUCCAUUGCUCUACGUGGUUUGGAAUUUCGUUAUCAAAGUAUUGCUGCUAUUGCAGAUGGAUUAGCUUCUCUCUUUGGGCAGCCUUCAGCUGGUGUUAAUAUGUACUUAACACCAGCUAAUUCACAGGGCUUAGCUCGUCACAGUGAUGACCACUGCGUCUUUGUAUGCCAAAUUAUUGGUGUAAAGAGAUGGAAAGUAUUUCCUCGGCCGGAUUUUCAGUUACCUCGUUUAUACGAACCUUGUGACAGCUGGCAUGAUUUGGAGAAUAAAAGUAGAAAAUCUGAUGGUGGUGAAUGUCAAGAGUUUCUGCUGGAAGAAGGCGAUGUUUUGUACAUUCCAAGAGGUUCUCCACACGAGGCAGUAACAGAUGUUAAUGCUGGAUUUUCCUUGCAUUUGACUCUGGCUGUUGAGAUUGAACCUCCAUUUGAGUGGGAAGGUUUUAUGCAAAUUGCGCUCUAUUGUUGGGGUACUAAACAGAAAGAUAUACAGGACACAUCUGGUGAUUCUGUUCUAUAUAACCUUCGUUUAUUAUCUGUGAGGCUACUGCAUAUUGCAAUAAAGUUAAUCGGCAAUACAAAUCCCGAAUUUCGGAAGGCUUCCUUGGUUGGAUCAAAGCUACUGUGUUCAGAUGCUGGAGAUCGGUUUUACGAAAACCAGAAGACAACUUUUCACUGUUUGUUCAAUAAGAUCACCAAUGAGUCAAAGUUUUCAGAUGCAGUUGAAUAUUUAGAAGCAGCUCUUCAGAAAAACGAAGAUCCUCUUGAACAUAUUAGAUGGAUGAAGCAUCUCAAUGUAGAAGAAGAAAAGGAAAGAGAAAAAUCAUCAAGUUCGAAUAUUUCGUUAGCAGAUCCAUUCAUUCAGCACAGGGAUAUAGCAGAAGCUACUUUCAUGGAGGUUAAGUCGAAGUUUUGCAGUGAAGUAGAGUUUCAGAAUGUGGAACGAUAUUACCAAGUGAUGCUGGAAAAGUACAAGAAGGUGAGAAAGCAGUAUACUAACGGUAUGCUUUCACUCCAUUCUGCUCUUCACAAUUAACAUGAACUUACUUCUUCCUAUAAUACAUGACUCUUUUUUCACUCGUUCUUA